AUGGCAAGUAUUUUAUCAAAGGAUGUAUAUUUACAGUUGGAAAAUAGACCUAGGUUAGGAACAACUGAUGUUAUUCUCACUGCAGCAGAUGGAAGUAACUUGAGAAUUCUAGGGAAAGUUGACCUUCAGUUUAGUCUUGGUGGAAUAAGUUUUUGUCAUGAAUUCAUUGUUGCUGAGAUAGAUGACCUUCAGGGUAUCUUUGGAAUGGAUUUUCUAGAGCAAAAUGAUGCAUCAAUUCAGAUUGGCAAAGGCUUAUUAAAAAUAGCCGGUCAACAAAUUCAGUUGGACAGAGAACAAAUUUCUGUUUGCACUAGAGUCAAGUUAUCUAAAAAGAUAGUUGUACCUCCUGAUAGUGAAAUUGUUGUUUCAGGUUAUGCUGUUGGUUUAAAGGACAAAUCUGUACAUAAUUUAGUUGAGCCUUUUAAAUUUUUACAGCAAAAAGGUCUAUUGGUUGCUAGGACUUUGGUCAAUCCAGAAAACAUUUUGUUUUCAGUUGUAAAUAUUACAGAUAGGCCUGUUAGAGUUGACAAGAAUGCCACAGUUGCUUCAUUACAGCCUGUAGAUAUUGUUGAGUCAAGUACUGAGUCAGUUGAUGUGUCAUCUGAGUUGCCAGAACAUUUACAAGUUUUGUUUGAGAAAUCAUCUGUUGGUUUGACUGAAGAACAAAAAUCAAUAUUGUUCGAGUUGCUAGUUUCGUACAAAGACAUAUUUGUGGGACCUGAUGGAAAAUUUGGUAGGACAAAGUUAGUCAAACACAGUAUUGAUACUGGGGAUAGCAAGCCAAUUAAAAUUCCCCCUCGUAGGUUGCCAUAUGCACAAAAAGAAAUUUAUAUAUAA